ACUUAUCUUAUUAUUUAGAUUCAAUACCCAGCAGACAAAGAAAUGGAGGAUUAACUGAGAAGACCCAAUAAAAGUAUACAUGGAUUACUAAGCAGAUGUUUCCCUGUCCCUGAGAUGGAAGUGCCAAGCAUCAAGGACUUUCAGUGGAAAACUCUAGCACCUUUGCCCAGUCCAAGAGUCUAUUCUUCCCUGGUAGAGGCUGGUGGACAGGUGUUUGCCAUCGGGGGCUGUGAUGACAAUGGUGUGCCAAUGGACUGCUUUGAAGUGUAUUCCCCAGAAGCAAACCAAUGGAAUUCUCUGCCCCCGAUGCCUACAGCCAGGGCUGGGGUAGCAGUAGCUACACUGGGCAAGAGGAUAAUGGUGAUUGGAGGCGUGGGAGCCCAUCAGAUGCCUUUGAAGAUAGUGGAGAUGUACAACAUAGAUGAGGGCAAGUGGAAAAAAAGAAACUCUUUGAGAGAAGCCUCGAUGGGCAUCUCUGUGUCAGUAAAAGACUACCGAAUCUAUGCAGCUGGUGGAAUGGGAGCAGAUCUACGUCCUCACAAUUAUAUGCAACAUUAUGAUAUGCUUAAAGACAUUUGGGUGUCCUUGGCAACCAUGCCUACACCUAGGUAUGCUGCCACCUCCUUUCUGCGUGGCACCAAGAUCUAUGUUCUGGGUGGAAGGCAGUCCAAAUAUGCUGUGAAUGCCUUUGAGGUCUUUGAUAUUGAGACCAGAUCUUGGACCAAGUUCCCCAAUAUUCCCAGCAAAAGGGCUUUCUCCACCUUUGUUUGCACAGAGAACAACAUCUUUAGCCUUGGAGGAUUGCGGCAGGGCAGAUUGUACCGUCAGCCCAAGUUCAUGAAAAAUGUGGAUGUGUUUGACAUCGAGCAAGGAGGCUGGAUGAAGAUCGAUCGCUCAUUUUUCCUGAAGAAACGACGGGCAGAUUUCAUUUCUGGCUGUUUAAAAGGAAGAAUUGUUGUUGCAGGAGGACUAGGAAAUCAGCCAACUGUUCUGGAAUCAGCUGAGGCCUUUCAUCCUGGAAAAAAUAAAUGGGAAAGUUUACCACCUAUGCCUACUCCACGAUGUGCUUGCUCCACCAUUGUGGUAAAAAACUGCCUUCUAGCGGUAGGUGGAGUGAAUCAGGGUUUGAGUGAUGCAGUAGAAGCAUUAUGUGUCUCUGAUUCCUAGCAGGCAUGUCAUUGGAUGCUCACCAUUCAUAGUGAUCUACAGACCAAGAAAUGGCUCUGUAGCUUUAAAGCUAGGCCAGUGUCUUCAGUAUGUGAAAAGUUGACACUUUUCUUUCACCAACUCAAAGCAGCACUGCCUUGCUUUCCUCUAAUUCCUUUCAUAGUGUCCUUUGGAAACAACAAAUUCUCGCUCCAUGUAGCUACACAGUCUUGUGGUUCUGUCAUCUGGCAGAAGCUCUUUCCUAUAAUGAUGUCAUCAUCUCUGCAAGCAUUAUGGAGCACCACUGACUCAUGAAUUUAUAGGACAUUCCCACUGUCAACUCUGAAUGGCCGAAAAUCAGGUCAGUUUUGUAAUGGAGCAGUCAAGGUUCAUAGCCUGACAUGAAGUUUCAUCCAAGGAUGAGGAAGCAUAUCAUCUAGGACUAUGAGAAGAUUUUGCCUUCCUCUGAAAUAUCAUGUACUAGUCACCGCUAUUGAACAAAAUCGUUAAGAUUCUAUGCUGAGCUUUUCCAAGUACUUUUUGAAGAAUAACAAUGGA